UCCUACGAAUAUUGCGAGAAAUGACGCUAUCAUCUCCCGGGAAGUUCAAAGUCGUCAACACAGCUGACUGAGCCACACACACACAGCUCCGUAACGUCCACCACCACCCGCUGUUGAUAUAUCAGCCACAAUGAACAACGAAGACCCCAUACUUGAACGUCACUUUAAAGGCCACAAGGAUGUGGUCACAGCUUUGGACUUUAGUCCUAAUGGGAAAAAAUUGGUGUCUGCAUCACUGGACCACACCAUUAUGAUCUGGAAUCUCCAUCAACAGAUCCGUGCCUACAGGUUUAUAGGCCACACAGACGCUGUCAACGAUGUUUGCUUUUCUCCCAGUGGCAAUCUAAUGGCAUCAGCAUCUCGUGAUCGUUCAGUCAGGCUUUGGAUUCCCAACAUUAGAGGAGAUUCUACAGAAUUUCGUGCUCACUUGGCAACUGUCCGUUCAGUGCAUUUCUCUCCAGAUGGUCAGCAGUUGGUGACUGGCUCAGAUGACAAAACAAUUAAGCUUUGGACUGUACACAGACAUAAAUUUGUUUGUUCCAUUCCCACACACACCAAUUGGGUACGUUGUGUAAGAUUUUCCCCAGAUGGCCGUAUGCUUGUUUCCUGUGCAGACGACAAAACAGUCAAGCUUCAUGAUAUACAAACUGCAAGUACUCUCCACAGCUUUGCAGAUUUGAGAAGCUCAUCAAAUUAUGUUGCUUUCCACCCAUCAGGCACUUGUAUUGCUGUAGCUAAUGCUGACAAUUCUGUUAAGGUAUAUGACAUCCGAACACGAAAGCUACUUCAACAAUAUGAUACCCACUCUGGCCCUGUCCAUCGCCUUGCCUUCCAUCCAUCAGGACACAUUUUGGAAACUUGCUCAGCUGAUGGAACUCUCAAACUGUUGGACCUACUAGAGGGAAGAGCCAUUUAUACUCUCCAUGGACAUCAAGGAGCUGUAACUUGCUGUGGUUUUUCAUAUAAUGGCGAGUACUUUGCUUCAGGUGGUCGAGACAAACAGGUGAUGGUGUGGAAAACCAACUUUAAACCAGUGGAGCUAUGUGAGGGUCUGGAGGUAACUGAAGAGGCAGACCAUGAGCAGCCAUUGGAGGUGACUGUUGCAGUGUCACCAGACGACUCUGUGGAUGAGGAACAAAUCACUAACGUUCAGGGCAGGAGUGAACCUGAAACUUUUCAUAACUACAACACAAAUAAGUACAAGAAUACAAAUGGGAGUGCAGAGGAGGAUACAUCUACAGGUUUACAACAAGUGAAAGGUUCUCUCCAACAUAUCAUAGCCCAGCUUGACACUCUUACUCAGACUGUUGUAAUCUUAGAACAGAGAUUGUCUCUUGCCGAGAACAAAAUCACUGAACUUGUAAACAAUCAGCGUAACACUCACUGAAGAGCUCCAUCACACUUCUUGCUAGACUUAUUGAGGACAAGUUAAUAUAUACAGUAAAUCCUCAAUUUAUGUGGGGGGUCACCUUGAAAACCCUUAUAAAAGUAAAUUCAGCUUAACUGAAUAUCACUUAUGGGAAAUGGAAGUACUGUGUCUGAUUCCAAAUCUAAAAAAAAAUUAACCUUUUCCAUAAAUACACCUUUAAAGGUUUUCAGUAAAAGGUGGUAAUUUUUUGACCCCUCAUUAAUGAGCAGUAUACUGUAUAGGGAACAAAAUUACAUGGAUAAUUAACAUAAAUGAAUACUCGGUCUUGUCUGCCAAUGCACCUCUCAAGGUUUUUAAUGAAUUCUAUCCACUUGCUAAAAUUUUCUUUCUAGUAUAAAUACUGUACUGUAGCUUUUCUAAUGUAUAUAAACAAGGGUUGAAGUUUAAAUAUUGUUUGGCUUUUAUAUUUAAGUAAACACAUUUGUACAGGUAUUUUAUGUUUGUGUCUAGUUAGUCACCAGUAUAAUGAUAAAAUAUAAAUAAAAUUGCGUAUAUCUACCCGAAAACACGAGUUGAAAAAUAACAAUACACUAACACAGUUUGGCCAUUCACACUGUGCCUCAUGUAAGAAAUAAUUUCAAGUUUAACAUAAGGUUUCCUAAUUUAAUAAUCUUAUAAAUAUAUACUGUACCUUUUAAUGAGUUUGUUUCAUUGAUGCUGUACUGUAGUUUAUAUUUUUUAAGCUUGAUGUAGUCAAGGAGUGCAGCAUAUGGGAUACUUUUAAAACUAUUUCAUGAACCAUUUGUACAAAGAUCAUUUAGGAGAUAGGUAAUGAUGAACAUAACCUACUGUUAUUAAAAGUUCAAACAUUA